UUCCGGUUAUGGCAAGUACCUUGGUCAGUGCUCUCUCUGCGGUGUCUCUGACUGGUAGUUCCCCGUAGCUUACCCGACAGCCGCAACAUCAAACCAUCAAAUCAGGCCAUCGACAAAUCCCUCUCUCUUCACCCAAACCCGACGUCACAACAACGAACCUCUCCUCUCUACCACCCCAAUUGCCGUCGCUAUGUUUUUGCAGCGCUCCGCCAUCAUGGCUGCCCGCCGGGCGGCCGUCGCUCCCCUCGCCAGACGCACCUUCGCGACCUCCAUGAUCCGCCGCGACGCCAACUCCUCUACUCCCGCCAAGCCCUACAAGACCAUCACCGAGAUCAAGGGCGAGGACGACCUUCACGGACCUGGUGCCAAGCCCGGCAGCAUCCCCACCGAUCUCGAGCAGUCCACCGGUCUCGAGCGUCUCGAGAUUCUCGGAAAGAUGGAGGGCGUCGACAUCUUCGACAUGCGCCCCCUCGAUGCCUCCCGCAAGGGCACCGUCGAGAACCCCAUCCCCGUCCGUUCCGCCGGUGAGGAGCAGUACCUCGGCUGCACCGGUGUCCCCGUCGACUCCCACGUCACCAUCUGGCUGACCAUCUCCCGCGACCGCCCUAUCGAGCGCUGCCCCGAGUGCGGCUCCGUCUACAAGAUGGAGUACGUCGGUCCCACUGAUGACCACCACCACGGCCACGACCACCACCACGGCUACGAGGAGCCCAAGACCUUCGCCGACUUCGUCAAGCCCGAGUACCGAUACCAAUAGAUGCUUUCGCAGAUGGCGAGCAUGUAGCAAGGAGACUGGAGGCGAGACGGCAUCGGGGUUGCUCUAGAGUGAGCAUGGCAGAUGUGUAGAUUACCUUAAGUUGUGGCUGUAUAGAACCUUUUUCUCCCGAGUCCUGUCUCAUGACUCCUCGCGAGUGUUGUGUGACGCCAGUCAGGUCGUUGUUGUUUCGAAUCGCGGCCAGGACAAGACGAAGAGCCGCAGCUCGUGUAGCUUGACUUGCUCCCUUGCGGAUCGGUUUCCUACUCUUCCCGCGUGUCUACGUUGUAUUUGAUGGUGACGAUGAUGUCCGCCCUGAUCAUAGCACGCCUCAUUCUGGAUCGAAGCUAAGCUUGAUCUUCUUUCCCUUCUUCUUAGCAGGCUUCUUCUUGGCGCCUUCGUCGUCGUCACCAUUCUUCUCGCCCUUGGUCACGAUCUUGUUGGCGACAAUAUCCUCGUCUGCAUCACCGCCAACAACCUUGCCAGCCUUCCUCUUCUUGCUCGCCCCAAUCCCAGCAAUCUUCUCCGUCUCCCUCUUCUCCUCCUUGUUAUCCUUCCCUACCCCCUCCUCCUCCUCCUCCUCUACUCCAUCCUUCUUCAAAGCAUCCGCCUCGACGCCACCAUCCUUGUCCACCCGUACAUCGACGACAUUGCCGUCGUCAUCCACGACCAGCGGCGCGUCUUCUGCCUCUUCGCUGUCGGAGCGCUUCUUGCCCGCUCGUCGCCUUUUCGAGAGGAUCUCGUCUGGGCCUCCGUUCCCUGCUGCUUGUGCUUGGAGAGCGCGCAGAAAUGGCGGGAUGUUUGUGUCGUAGGACAGGUUUUUGCCGGUGAUUUUGUCCGACAUGGCGGCGGCGGGCGCGAAGCCAAUGAGGCGCCUUUACUCGAAUUUCGUCUAAUUCUUGUGAUGGUUGAGGCCGCAGAUUCAAGAUUAAAUCAGUCGCUGCUUUCUCGGCGGGGAAUGCAACCGUGACUGGACCGACGUGGGCAGAGAGUGUGCGAUAAU